CUGUGAUGGAGGUGUGGUCUUUCCCAGCUGACCCCAAAGGCAGCAGCAGCAGUUUGGACUGACUUUGGACUACUUUGGGACAUUUUGUUUUUGGCUUGUUAGCAAGGGUUAACUCGCCUGUGCGCCUUUGACCUCUGACCCAGUAGCAGGACGGCGCGUCUGAUGUCCAAAAGGUCACAGACACCCAUGGACCAAUCACCCCGCAGUGGGCGGAGUCAUAUCAGCGUGCUCACUUGCUUUCCGCCCACUGUGGCCAGAGAUGUGGCUGUUGCCGUGGUGACACCCCUUGGCAUCAGCCUGGGAAACCCCAAUAGCCGCAGCCUCCUGCGCACAGAGGCCCAGGUGAAAUGGACAAUGGAGGUGUUGUGCUAUGCUUUGUCCCUCCCGCUGGAUUGUGACACGGUCAAACUCUGUGUGGACAUCUACACCAACUGGCUCCUGGUCCUCGUGUCCCCGCGAGACUCCAUCCCUCUGCCAAUCAUCAAGGAGCCAAACAUCUACGCUCAGAAGAUCCUGCGGCACCUGCUCACACUCUUCCUGUCCAGGAGGGACGAAUCCGGUGUGGCCCACCAGGCCCUCUGCCAACAGGUGCUGAGUGCAGUUCAGCUGCUGGCCAGAGAGGGCACUGCGAUGAGUCAAGACACCUGGGAGACACUUCUUCACUUCCUGCUUUGCGUCAACCAGUCAGUGCUGGCCCCGCCCACUUCUGCGCCUGUAUCACAGCAGCUGUCCCACCUGUCCAUGGACGUCCUCUUCCAGGUGUGGCUUCUGUCUUGCUCUCGCUGUUUCCCGUCUCGGUCUUUGUGGCUCUCGUGGAAACAGAUGAUGAGAAGCUGGAGGUACCAGCUUGCCACAGUGGACCGGUGGACCCGCGUGGUCUCAGCCUUAACCUCCAGGUUGUUGCCCCUGACUUUCGGUCCAGCCUUCCCAUCCUUUAAGGUCCCUUUUGAAGAUGCUGCACUGAUCCCUGCUGACUUGGACCACCAGUGCACCCUCCAAACCUGGUUCAGGUUCCUGCAUGUGCUCAGCAAUCCUGCAGACCUGAGGCGCCCGCUGGUUGAUGGUCCAGCUCCUUUGUCCCAGGAGGACGUGUUCCUCACAGCCAUGACAGCAGUGAGCAAGAUGGUCCACGCCUUCCUGGGUGUCAGUGAGGAGUGCUCAGAAGACCAGCAGAUAAACUCAGGACUCGCAGCAAGGAUCCGUUUCAGAGACCGGCUGCCUUCUGUGGGCGUUGCAGUAACUCGAAGUCCUUUCAAAGACAGACUGCCCUCCUACGGUGUCUCACGGCCUCGUUCUGGAAGUGCCCCGCCCACCCCAGUAAACAUCUUGAGCCUGCCCAGUAGUAACUCCCCCCCACCCCUACAUGGUCGUCUGAAGACACCCAUUGUUUCCAAGGCGACAUCUUCACAGACGUCCCAACCCCUCCAUCACUGGAUGUCUACCUCUGGUCCUGCACUGCACCCCUCACCCCUCAGGGGUAAGGUGGACUCGCUCCUCCGUCUCUUUGGCUGCUUCCUGUUUGACGCCGCUGUCCUGGACGGAGACUCUGCCCCUGCUGAGAGAUGGGCAACCGGUCGAGCUGAGGCCUGCGGGACACUUUGUACCAUUUUCAGCUGUAAGAAAAGUUCAGAAGACAUCCUCCCUGUCCACCUGUCCAGGUUCUACGUGGUUCUCCUGCAGGGUCUUCAGGUGUCAGAGGAGAUGAGUCCUCCCGUUCUGGCCUCCAUCCUCCUCAACUCCUCCUCCUUGUUCUGUUGCGACCUUCCAGGAGUCAACCUGCUGCUCCCCUCCUUCAUCUCCGCUCUGGAAAACGUGCUGCUUGACAAGGAACAGCUGAGCUUCAAGACUUUUGUGAGUCCAGUGGACUUGAGGCGAGCUUCCAUCCUGAUACUGAUGUCACUGUUGCCCCUCCCUCAGCAGUUUGGACACAUCUACUUGGAGGUGCUGCUCAGUGGUCAGUACGGUGGUGAUGACGUCACAUCAGGGAGUGUCCUGUCUCUGAAGCCCCGUCUCCUCAGCCUGCUGAUCGUCUCCCUGCAGGCCGAGACCGACAGCACCAACAUGCAGAUGCUCCUGGCGGCCAUGAUGAUUCUGGUCCAGGACUCUGCUCUGCUCGAGGCUGCAGAACAAACUCAGCAGCAGCGUGCCAAACCCAGCAGAACGAAGCGGACCGCGGGACCCACCACAGCUGCGGUCCUGUGGGUUCAGUUUCUGCAUCUGCUGACUCAGCAUCUGAUGUCUCAGUGGAGGAAUGACUCAGCAGUUUGUCUGGCAGUGAUGGAGGUCCUGGGAGGACUGGCCAAGGUGAAGGUUGGCGUGGCCGAGGCGGAAAAGAGGCGAGCGGUCACUUGGGUCUGCCGCCACAUCGAGUUCCAGUGCGGCCGUCCACCUCCGCUUCACUCCAGAGACCUUCACUCCAUCAUCGUGGCGGCGUUCUACUGCCUGAGCACCUGGCUGACUGAGCACCCCGCCAUCUUGGAGCACCAGGACUGUUUAUUGGAGGUUCUAGAGACGGUGGAACUGGGCAUUUCGGGCAGCAAGUCCAGACAGGAAGAGGAAGUGCGAUGCAAAGAGGAAAAAGAACUGAAUCCAGUCUCUUUGAGGGUGAAGGACGCGGCCGAGGUGACGCUGAACUGCAUCAUGCAGGUGUCAGGAACCUUUCCGUCACCUGCAGGCUCGCUGGACGAGGACGCUCUGAUGUGCGGUUCUGGUCCACGAGACAGAAACCUGAGCAAGAUGAGAUAUUUUGCUGUGGAUGCCUUUGUGAUCCUGGGGAUUCUGGAACAAGCGCAUGGACCUGAAAACGUGUCUGUGCCAUGCCCGUCGCUCACCGCACUGAUCCGAGGACCAUGGUCACGUCACACCUGGACCCUACAGCACCACCUUCAGCCCAGAGAGGGAAGAAGAAGCACAAAGACUCUUUCCGUUGAGCUGCAGCGUGACGGUGAAGCCCGGGAAGACGCUGGGACGUCAUGUGGUGUCAAACUUCAGCCACUUCCUGAAAACGUCAGCAAAGCUCCUUCUGUAAAAGCUGACCUGAGCAUUCCAGACCUGCUGGGGAGCGUCACUGAGCAGUUCCUUAUCUGUCAGAUACUGUUUGAGCGUCUCAGAGUGGCCGUGCAGAGACAGCAGCAGGUGGAGGAUCAGCUGCAGGUGAGCAGCCGGACGGUUGCCAUGACAACUUGUUUGCCGCCGCCUCCUGCCGCUCACUUCCAGACGGCAAGACUCUUCCUGUCCCAGAUGGGUCUGCUGACCCCCGAGACCCUCAAGGAUCCAGUUACCGGAGGGAUGCCCGCUCAGUUAGCAUCUCUGGACCCGUCUCUGCCAGGCUUCUUCGAGGAUCUGAGACGUUUGGACCAGCUUCCAUCCAGAAACCGUGACACCAUCUUUGUCUUCUACGUGAGGGCAGGACAGAAGGCAGCUGCUGAGAUUCUGAGGAACGUGGAGUCCAGCCGCAACGUCUCGUCUCACUUCCUGGACUUCCUGUCAAGUCUGGGCUGGCCCUCGAGGGCGGGACAUGGCCAGGAGGGCGUGACCAGCACAUGUACUCCAGAAUUCCUUGCAGUGCUCGGUGAGAGCGGAGGGCGAGUCUUUGAUGGAGAUACGUUUGUCCUGAAGUACGCCGACGCUCUGACAGACAUCACCUUCAUUGUUCCCUCAUCAUCAUCACAUGCUAAUUGGUCAAAGCGCAGGAAGGAGGCGGGUCAUUCAGAGAGGUCCACGGCUGAAGGUGUGAGAUGUCUUCAUGUGGCUUCGUCACUGCUGAUUGUUUGGCUGGAACGCUCGGAGGACAUCGAGUCGUUUCCCCUGUGCCAGCUGCUGUCGCUCAACAAAGCAGAAGCUGAGAGCAGUGUCUCCCAUGUCCAGAUCAUCUUCAUCCGUCGUCUCAAAAGCGGGCUCUUCCACAUCACCGUCCGCGAAAAGUCCAGCAGCAAGUUGAGUCUUGUUCUUCCGCUGCUCAGCGGGAGCGUGCUCAGCAAACGCUGUCUGGGUGUGUCAGUCAGAGAGAUGGCGAUCAAUUGUUGCCGUCGACGACAGUUGUGGAGUGACUCCGCCCCCACGCCACAUGUCAGAAGGAAGCAGAUGAUCAGUGACAUCAUCUCUCGGUACCGCUGCCGCCACUCUGAGCCCGCUUUCUACAGCGCCCUGUUCCACGACCCCUGACCUCGACCACCAGCUUCACUGUUGCCGUGGCAACGCAAAGACUGCUGUUUUAGAACACAUUUUUGAACACACUCAAUAACAUGAUCGAUCAGUGCCAGUGAUGAGCAAUAAAAACAACCUGACGUGCUGAUUGGUCCUCUGCUUUAUGACAUCAUCACAUUCGUCCUCACCUCUUCUCCUCAAUCCUGUUUCCUCUUCCUACCUCCUCUCCUCUCUCUCCCUAUCUCCUCUGUUCCUUCAGUGGUUGUCAAGGUAACCACGAGCUGUUGCCAUGGUGACUGAGGCUGGAUCGAUACCCCGCCGGUGACGUCAUUCUGCUUCCUGUCUGCGCGGGAAGUCGCUGAG